AUGGUGUCAGCCAGUCGAUUGCUAUUCUUCCUUCCGGCCUUGGGAGCGCUGGCGGCCCCCACAGAUAGCACCACAGUCCAAGCUGUGGCUAGGUCUUCUGAAUUUCUCGAACACAUGGGCGCUCUCAUCGUGAACGCCACGGAAGAUGCAAGCAUCAAAAAGCGUGAUGGCACUUUUAAAAUCAGCAAGGACGGCGUAGACCCCGCAGGGUUCUACUACUCCUUGUACAACGAUAACGGAGCAGGCGCUGAAUACUCCGAGUUCGACAACAGCGGACGGUUCAAACUCAGCUGGAACACGAACAGCGAGUUCCUGGGCGGAAAGGGCUUCAAGGGUGGAAAUCCUCGAACCCUGUCUUGGCAGGGUCAGUUCCAGGCUGAAGGUGAUUUCACUCUGGCGGUGUAUGGCUGGACCACGAACCCCGUCACCGAAUGGUACGUCGUCGAAGCACACGGAACUGGAACGCCGGGCAACGGUCAUAUUCUCGGCCAGGUUUAUGCCGAUGGCGGCGUCUACGAUGUCUAUAUGCUUCCCUACAGGAAUGUCCCUGAGAUCUAUGGUGUUACCAACUUUAACCAGCUGUGGUCCGUUCGCCGCGAGCCCCGUCAUUCCGGUUCUGUUGACGUUGCUGCCCAUUUCAAGCGCUGGCAGGAGCUGGGACUUCAGCCUGGUAAUCCUGUUUUCCAGAUGGUUACUGCGGAAGGGUUCAAGGGCACUGGCAAGCUUGAUUUUACUCUUCAGCAGUAA